CUCGUUUACCUACGGUUACAAAUAUCAAAAUUGCAACAAAAAUCCUCCCCUUCUUUCCCCAACUGAAAUUCUGUCUCUCUCUCUCUCUCUUUCUCUAAAACAAAAAUCAUGUCCGGCUACCCCCACACUCCUCCUGGCUACGGCUACGGCCAACCAUACAACGCUCCACCACCUCAACCUCAUGAGUCCCACCCACCUCCACCUCAACCUCACGGGUCCCACCCAUCUCCACCUCAGCCUUACGGGUCCCACCCACCUCCACCUCAGCCUUACGGGUCCCAUUCCCACCCACAAACGGCUCAACCCUACGCCGCUCCCUCCUCUUACGGCUCCAACCCAUCGGCUCCAUCCUCUUACGGCUCCACCCCAUCGGCUCCUUCCUCUUACGGCUCCAAGCCGGAUAAACCCUCUAAAGAAAACCACCCAUCACCAUACGGGCCUCCUCCCGGGUCAGGAUACCCGAACCCAUCUCAACCGGGUUCAGGUUACCCGGGUCAUGGGUCCACUUACCCACCUCAACCCGGUUCCAGCCCAUUCUCUUCGUUGUUACCGUCGACUUUUCCACCGGGUACUGACCCGAAUGUAGUGGCCUGUUUUCAGGUUGCGGAUCAAGAUGGAAGUGGACUUAUUGAUGAUAAGGAACUUCAAAGAGCUUUGUCUUCUUAUAAUCAGAGUUUUAGUUUGAGGACUGUUCAUCUUCUUAUGUAUCUCUUUACUAGCACCAAUUCUCGUAAAAUCGGUCCUAAGGAAUUCACUUCUCUGUUCUACAGUCUGCAAUCUUGGAGGGAAAUAUUUGAGAGAUAUGAUAGAGACAGGAGUGGCAAAGUAGAUGCUUCAGAGCUGCGUGAUGCACUGUAUGGCCUUGGAUUUUCUGUGUCUCCUGUAAUAUUGGAUUUGCUAGUCUCUAAGUUUGAUAAGACUGGGGGAAAGAGCAAGGCCAUCGAAUAUGAUAACUUCAUCGAGUGCUGCCUCACCGUGAAGGGUCUAACUGAGAAGUUCAAGGAGAAGGAUAAGAAUUAUAGUGGCUCAGCAACUUUCAGUUACGAGGAUUUCAUGCUCAACGUGUUACCCUUUCUUGUUGCGUAACUAAAAGGCCCAGAAGAUAUUCUUUGGUUUCUUUUCUGGUCAUAAUAAGUAUGAUAUAGGAGUAUGUAAGUUUUUGUGCUUAAAUGUUACAACAUAAGUGGCUUGAUGCUUUGGGACAUAUAGCUCUGUUCUGGAUUGAUUUUUACUUAUGUAAUGACUAAUCUGUGUAUAUGAUAUUGUUUCUCA